AAUAGAUAAAAAAGAUAACAAAGCGUUCUUAUCGUUUUGCGUUCAUUCUCAUUUCAUUAAUGGAGUUAUUAUUUCAAUAAAAGGAUGAAAAUAAAGUGGGUGAUUUUUAUUAUCUUUUACAAAUUAUAUCUUUUAAAUGGUGGUGAAAGCAGUGUGGGUUCACUCAUUAAAGAAAAUAAGCUAAAAGAUGAUUGAGUUUUAUAAAUGUGCCGUAAUUUUCAUGACAGUAAAUUUGGUUUUCUCAGUUUCUAUUCGGGCGAGAAACGUUUCCAAAAUUUUUGAUGAGCAGAGCGAAAAUGCAUCGCAAACAAUUAGGAUUUCUUCUGAAAAAGCGCCAUCAUUAGGAUUUGAAAAUAAGAGCUUUCAUAGUUUGCAUGAAAAGAAUGAAAACGGAUCGUAUGCACCUAAAAACGAUUCUGAAAAUGCAUUGUUACUUGGACUGAAAAAUGAUAACUUUUAUGAACCGGAAUGUGACUGUGGAUUCGGUUCAAAUGGAUGUCACUAUAAUGUUUAUGGAGAAAAAGUUUGUGACUGCAGUUUUAACUAUGCUGAAAAAAAUGGCAAGUGCGAAUACUGUUAUUGUGGAAUCCUAGCUAUCUCAUGCACCUUCGAAAAUAAUAAAAGGAAGUGUUUAUGUGAGUCAAAUUAUGCUCAAAAUGCUUACAAUGAAUGUGUAAGAUGUGAUUGUGGAUAUAAUGCAGAAGGAUGCCAUUUCGAUGGAUUCUCGAAGGUGUGCACUUGUAGAGAGGGGUACAUAAUUAACUAUGGUAAAUGCGAAUUGAAUGUAACUAGUGGAUGGAGAAUUGCCACUUACAUUGAAUCUGCGAUAUUUGCCCUCAUUAUCUUCGUCUGUACUAUCAUGAUUUGCUGCAAAAGGUUUGCACCACAGAUCUCUUUUAUGUACUGGAUUGCUGAUUCAAUGAUUCGAACUUGAUGCCGGCUUUGGCGGAGAACAGCGUGAGUAUGAAUAGAAGCAAAGUUUGUCUCGCGUAUGUCCCAUGGCUAUCUGAUCUGCCUCAACGAAUAACAGAUGUGUCACAAAUAAAUGAAAUAAACAGUAAACAACAAC